AUGUACAACCCGCAAGGCCACUCGUCGAACCCGUACGGGGGCGGGUAUGGCGGCUACGGGGCUUACGGGUCCGCUGCGGCCUCUGGAGGCACGCCGGCUGCGAGUUCUUAUCAUGACCCCAAUCAAGGCCACGGCGCGCAGGCGAGCUACUACGGCGGUGCCACUCAGCAGGCUGCAGCGCCGCCACAGCAGCCCGCUCCCGCUGGACCAUCGUCGUACAGCUAUGACAGUUACGGAUACACGGCUGGGGCUGCGCCGAGCGCCGCUGCGGCACCAGCUUCUGCGUACCCAUACGGCAGCGCCGCGACGAGCGCGCAAGCCUCAUGUGCAAACGCGCUGUCUAUCAACUCAUCGGCGUCACCAUCUUCCGCACCUGCGCCGUCCGUGGCUGGAUACAACUCUUACGGCUAUCAAGCCGUUGCCACCGCCUCCGCGCCAUCCCGGCAGCCCGCACCCUCAGCGCCAGGCUCAGCCUAUCCGCCACCACGCGGCACCUCAUCCACAGCUGCGGCGGCCAGUGACCCAUACCCAGCCCCUUCCUCCGCAAGACCUGAGCCGGUGGCGCAGCAACUACCGCCGGAGCCGACUCAGCCGUACAGCGACGCCAUGCUGGGCAGUGGUGCUCGCGGCAACAACCGUCCCUUGCGCGCCUUGGCUCGACAGCCGCCGACGCGCAUUGUGAACGUGUGCUCCGUGCCGAACCCGGAGCGCAGCAUCCCCCGCAAGAGCGGUGCACCGAUCGAGUACUUGACGUGCACGAACGAGCCGCCCUACGCCACUGUCGACUUUCUUGGCCUCGACAACGGCAACGCCAACUCGAAGUUCUUUCGCCCCUCCAUGCUGUGUGCGCCGGGCGAGGAGCGACUUGUGAAGGAUAGUCACAUCCCGUUCGGUGCCAUUCUCUCACCGCUGUGCCAGCCGCUCCACAACAAGGAGGUGGUGCCGCUGGUGAAGCAGCCAAAGCCGCCUGUGCGCUGCCACCGCUGCCGCGGCUACAUGAGCUGUCACGCCCGACUUCUCGAGAUGGGCCGCAAGUGGGAGUGCCCGCUCUGCGAGGUGACCAACGAUGUCAUCGGCGACGACUUGGACGCCGUUGAUGGAAUGGGGCGUCGGGUGAACGCGGCGGAUCACCCGGAAAUGGGCUUCGGGAGUGUGGAGUUCGACGUUGAUGACUUCCCAGAGUACGCGCUGCGCACCGAGGACAACGUUGUGCUGCCCAGUCGGCCGCUGCAUCAUCUGUUUCUCAUCGACAUCUCGCGUGACGCGGGGCAGCGGUUUCUUUCCGACUACGCGGAGGCGAUUAGGGCUGCCCUGCAGCGCAUGGCGGAGCUGACGCCUGAGUGCAAGGUGUCUUUCAUUACAUUCGCCUCGCAGCUGCACUUCUACGACUUCCGCCACCCCGAUAUGCCGCAGAUGUGCGUCCCGGACGUCGAGAACCCGUUUGUGCCGCUGCCCUUCACGGGCCUGUGCUGGAUGGAGGUGGGGGCGGAGCUGGAGCGCCUGGGGGCCUUCCUGAGUCGGCUGCCACGUAUGGCUGCGAACGUGGACGAGUCGGACUGUGCACUCGGUGCUGCGGUGAAGGCGGCAACGCUGGUGUUGGCGGGCCAGCAUGGUGGGCGUGUGAUCAUGUGCGCGAGCCGGCACCCGCAGCGCGGCAUAGGACAAAUCGUGCUUCGCGAGCAGCACAAGCUCUACGGCACCGAUCGCGAGAAGGAGUUGCUGCGACCCAUCGAAGGCUUCUGGACGACCACGGCAACCGCGGCGGCGAGGCAGCAGAUUUCUUUUGACUUGUUCAUGUUCGCCACGGGAUACUGUGAGCUGGUGACGUUGUCCAACGUGUGCCACGUGACGAACGGUCGCGUCUUUCUAUUUAGCAACUACGACCCACUUGUCGAUAACACCAAGGUGAGCGCCUCCAUGCAGCAGCUGCUCACGGAGGAGGCCGGGUACGCUGGCAUUCUGCGCGUUCGGUGCAGCACCGGCCUCCAUGUGCAGCGCUACCGGGGCCACUACCUCUCCCAGACGGUGCAGGACAUGGAUCUGGCCAGCAUCACGGGCGGCUCCACGUUUUUUGUGGAGUUCGCGCACGAGGACCAUCUACCGAAGGACAACUACGCCCAUUUCCAGACCGCGCUGCUGUACACCACUCGCUCUGGGCACCGUCGGGUGCGGGUGCAGUCGUGUCGGCUGCGCGUCGCCUCCUCCUUGACCGUUCUCUUCCGCAACAUGGACCUGGAGGCGAUCCUGUUUGGCUUCAUCCAGGAUAUCAUGGUAGAGGCGGUGAACAAAGGGCCGCAGCAGGCGCGCCAGGGAAUGACGGACCGCCUCAUCAAGGCCUUCUCCUCCUACCGCCAGUACUGCGCUUCGGACAAGUUGAGUGGCGAGUACGAGGACAUCAAGACCGCCGCCCGCGAUAAGAAGAAUACGCUUCUGAUGCCGCCACGGCUGAAGUUGCUCCCGGUCUAUCUGCUCUGCCUGAUGAAGUCCGACGCGCUGACGGAGGGCACCGUUGUGCACAUUGACCACCGCGUGGCCAGCAUAUUCGACCUCGUUGCGAUGCCGGCGUACAAGCUACUCAGCUACCUAUACCCGUCCCUCUACUGCCUGGACGACCUAGAGAGCGACCCGACGAUCGGAACGCUGGACGUGACGACAGGAAAUUGCAUUCUGCCGCAUCAUCGUCAGCUGCUCUUCGACAGCGUAGCGCGAGAUGGCACUUACGCGCUAUGUGACGAGCAAGCGCGGCUUGUGUACAUGUGGAUUGGCGAAAAUGUGCCGCCGAAGAUCGCGAAUACGUUGUUUGGCACCCCUGAUGCAGCAUCCGUGUGUGUAGCCGGAGGGCCAGGCGAGGAGUGCUUCAGCGAGCGCCUGCGCAACGUCCUGUACGCCCUCAUGCUGCGCGAGGAUGGCAUGCGGCGCCUCAUUGUGAUUCACCACGGCGAGCGCUCUGAGGACGCCUUCUUCAAGGAGCUCAAGGAGGAGAUGGGCACGAGCAAGAUGGGCUACGAUGAGUACCUGACACAUCUACACCGCACCAUACAGACGCAUGUGCUAUGA